CCUAACCCCAUCCUUCUCUGUCCUUUCUCUCUCUUCUCCACCAUCAUCACAUCACUUUACUCUCUCUCCAUCUCGGGAGAUCUCAUUCUCUCAUUUCAAACCCUAGAAACUCUCUAAUCACAAUCUCUUUCUACUUCAUUUAUGGCGAGCUUCAGUCUCUCCAGGUCACUCCUGCUUCUACUCCUCAUGAUUGUCAUCGCAUUGUUUUCAAGAUUCUCGAUUUCGGAAGCUACCUCAUCUUUCUCGUUCACCAGUUCCGAUAAAAACGCGAGCUUCAAGUCCAACGAAAUUGCCCUGUUCGGCGACGCUAAGCUCGUCGACGGCGGAUCUUCGAUUCAGCUGACUGACUCAGUGUCUCUCGGUGGUGGGCGGGUCGUCUACAAGAAACCCAUUGAGUCCGUGGAUACUGUAACCGACUAUUUCGUGGGAUUCUCUACUGUUUUCUCUUUCUCCAUGUCUCCUGGUCGUGGUGGGAGACUCGGAUUUGUGGUGUUCCCUGCUAACGGAACAUUUGAUCAACCUUUACUCCAAGUUAAGUUCGAUUUUUCUGAGAAUUUCACUAAGUUUAGAGAUUCGAAUGUCACUGUGAUUGUGGAUGGUACUACGGUUUCUCAUAAGAUUAACAAUCUCACGAUUGUACUGGACAAGGAGAAAAAGGACAACUUGUUGUUGUACGCUUGGAUUAGUUACCAAGCAAGUGGCAGGUUCAUAGAUGUUCAUUUAUGCAGAUCAGAAAGCUUUAAAGCCGUUCAUUCUCAUUACAUUUCUCGGAUAGAUUUGUUGAAAGAGACGGAUGAGCUCAUGGUCGGUGUUAAGUCAUACAGCGGGAACUUUGAUCUCCACUCUUGGAGAUUAGAAGCGAGACAUUUCCCGAGGAAUAUGCAUUCUUAUGCAGCGCUUAUGGAAUCAAAGCGUACAGGCGAGGAGGAGGCCAAGAGAAGGAGAAGAAAGAGGAUGUGGGGGAUUGUCACUUGCUUUGUCAUGACCUUUGGAUCAACAGGGCUUGUGUUCUUUGCCAUGAUGCAUAUAUGGGCAGCAUUCAAAAGAAACUAUCUUGCUAUUGUGAUGCAAGAGGAGUGUGGGAUCAAGACCAAGGAGUUUGGGUACGAGAAGAUGGAGAAAAUGGAAGUUGUGAUGAGUAAAGCUGACGCCAAACAAGAAACGAAGUGAAGUCAAGUUUGGUGAUUUUGUGUGUUUAGGAUAUGUUAUAUUUUUAUGUAAUCAAGUAGAUUCUUGGGACUGUCAUGGUACCACGAGGUUCUUCACUGGCUAAUGUAGCCCUAUCUUCAUGUGUGUAAGCUUGCAAUGUUAUUACUCUUUGGCAUU